AUACGUUCUUUUUGGCCAGUUUUAUUGCUCCACUUUUCGGAUUCUUGGCACUACGGGUAUAUAAGAUCAUCGUAACCGGCGACAGAUCAGCACAAAUUGUCCAGUCCCCUCAAGCACAACUUACUCAAAAAGAACAAAGUUUGAAAACAUGAAGUUCUUCAUCGCCGCCUUCCUGAUCGCCGCCUGCGUGGCCCUCGUCCAGAGCAGUGUCAUCUACUCGCCGGUGUCCUCCGUUCCGGUGGUCCGUUCCGUGCCCGUUGUCCGCUCCGUUCCGGUGGUGCGCAGUGUGCCUGUGGUCCGCCAUGUGCCGGUGGUGCGCCGCGUCAACGUGGUCGAGUCCGUUCCAGUGGUGCCCUCCGUGGUGCGCGUUGGACACGCCGCCGUCUACGAUGCCCCACUGGUGCAGUCCUAUGGUGGAUGGUUGAAGCAGAAGUAGAAGGAUAACACUCAUGUACUUUUGAUGCGAAAUAAACACUGAAUAGAACGAACAAAUAUAUAUGUACUAGCAAAACUCAAA